AUGCUCAUUGGCUGCCCGCUUGUCCUCUACGUCGCAGAAUUUGGAAGCAGCUUUUGGCGGGAAAUUUUGCUUCCUUUGGGCUUUGCUGUUAGGACCCUGCGGUGAGGAAGGUUCGAAUGAAAGAUUUUACGUGUUAGCUUGGUUUGAAGCCAAGAACGGUAUAGUGAAUAAGAAACUCAGGCGACAGUGAGUUACUGUUUGAAUGGCUUGUUGAAAGCUCAGAAGAAGUAGAGUUUGAUGGAAUAAAAAUCUUGCCAGUAGUAUCCGAUUAGCUUAGUUCAUAAGGCCAGGGUGGGCUGUGGUGCGGUAUUUGGUUUCACAGGGCAGGUGGUGCUGAUUUAGGCCAGUGACCGAAAAAAAAAAAAAAAAAAACUCCCGAGGUGCCUGGGACAUUGCCCGCCUGAAAUCCCAAAACUCCACUUUUUUAGGCUUUCAGGUUUUUCCAGUUUCUGGAAACUACCUAUUAAAAUACAUUCCUGGCUAGAAAAUGUUUGUAUUUAAAUAUCUAAGUAAUUAUUAUUCUUUUGAGACUGUCUUUUUCUGUCACCCAGGCUGGAGUGCAGUGACUCGAUCUCAGCUCACUGCAGUCUCCACCUCCCGGGUUUAAGCAAUUCUCGUGCCUCCGCCUUCUGAUUAGCUGGGAUUACAGGCGCCUGCCACCACUCCCUGCUGAUUUUUGUAUUUUUAGUAGAGACGAGGUUUCACCAUGUUGGCCAGGGUUAAGUGAUCCGCCCACUCCGGCCUCCCACAGUGCUGAGUGUUGGCGUGGGCCACCACUCCCGGCUAAUUUUUGUAUUUUUAGUAGAGGCAGGGUUUCGCCAUGUUGCCCAGGCUGGUCUUGAACUCCUGACCUCAGAUGAUCCACCUACCUCGGCCUCCCCAAAGUGCUGGGAUUACAGAGGUUCAAGCCAUUUUCCCACCCCUGCCUUCUGAGUAGCUGGGACUACAGACGUACACCACCACGCUGGGCUAAUUUUUGUAUUUUUUAUAGAGAUGGGGUCUCACUAUGUUGCCCAGGCUGGUUUGGAACUCCUGGGCCCAAGUGAUCCACUCCUCUCGGCCUCUCAAAGUGUUGGGAUUACAGGCGUUAGCCACCGCUCCCGGCCUGUUAGUGUUUUUCAAAGCGACAUCCCAGUACCACCAGAAUCAAAAUCACCAGUCAAAGGUAAAAAUGUCAGUUCAGCCCCAGGACAUCCCUAAAGAAUUUGAGUCUAGGGCUUUAAGACAGCAUUUUUUUUUUUUUUUUUGAGACGGAGUCUCACUCUUGUUGCCCAGACUGCAGUGCAAUGGCGCGAUCUCAGCUCACUGCAACCUCUGCCCCCUGGGUUCAAGCAAUUCUGCCUCAGCCUCCUGAGUAACUGGGAUUACAGGCACGCGCCACCAAGCCCGGCUAAUUUUUGUAAUUUUAGUAGAGACGGGGUUUCGUCAUGUUGGCCAGGCUGGUCUCAAACUCCUGACCUCAGGUGAUCCGCCGCCUCAGCCUCCCAAAGUGCUUGGGAUUACAGGCGGGAGCCACCGGGCCGGGCCAAGGCGGCCUUCUUAAGAAGCCCGCGUAAAACCCCAACUUCCUGCUCUGGCGCUGCGGCCGCUGGGGAUCUGAGUGGGCUCCGCCCCGCCUCGGACCCGCCCCUCCCGGCCUCCCGCCGCAAUCUUGGCGGGAAGGCGCCGGCCGCUAAGAAGCCGAAAGAUGUCCAGGUCGGGCGCGGCGGCUGAGAAGGCGGACUCCAGACAGCGACCCCAGAUGAAGGUAAAUGAAUAUAAAGAAAAUCAAAGCAUCGCUUAUGUGUCUCUGAGACCAGUACAGACUACAGUUUUAAUAAAAACAGCUAAGGUCUAUCUUGCCCCCUUUUCACUCAGUAAUUACCAGCUAGACCAGCUUAUGUGCCCCAAAUCCCUAUCAGAAAAGAAUUCUAACAAUGAAGUGGCGUGUAACAAGACUAAAAUAAAGAAAACUUGCAGAAGGAUUAUACCUCCAAAGAUGAAAAACACAUCUUCCAAGGCAGAAUCCAUGCUGCAAAAUUCAUCCUCAGCUGUUCAUACUGAAAGUAACAAGCUACAACCCAAGAGAACGGCAGAUGCGAUGAAUCUCAGUGUUGAUGUGGAAAGUAGUCAGGAUGGAGACAGUGAUGAAGAUACCACACCAGGCCUGGAUUUUUCGGGAUUGUCACCCUACGAAAGGAAGAGACUGAAGAACAUAUCAGAAAACGCAGACUUUUUUGCUUCUCUUCAGUUGUCUGAGUCUGCUGCAAGACUCCGUGAAAUGAUAGAGAAGAGACAGCCUCCUAAAUCCAAAAGAAAGAAGCCUAAGAGAGAAAAUGGGAUUGGAUGUAGAAGGUCAAUGCGAUUACUGAAAGUUGAUCCUUCGGGAGUUUCAUUACCAGCAGCCCCAACACCGCCGACAUUAGUAGCAGAUGAAACUCCUUUGUUACCUCCUGGGCCUUUAGAAAUGACUUCUGAAAAUCAAGACAACAAUGAACGAUUUAAAGGAUUUCUGCAGACAUGGACAGGAAUGAGCAAGCCAAGUAGUAAGAACACUGAGAAGGGAUUAUCUAGCAUUAAAAGCUACAAAGCCAAUUUAAAUGGCAUGGUCAUUAGUGAAGAUACCGUUUACAAAGUUACCACAGGCCCAGUAUUCUCUAUGGCUCUCCAUCCAUCGGAAACUAGAACUUUGGUAGCAGUUGGGGCCAAAUUUGGGCAAGUUGGACUUUGUGAUUUGACCCAGCAACCUAAAGAAGAUGGAGUUUAUGUUUUUCAUCCCCAUAGUCAGCCAGUUAGCUGUCUUUACUUCUCACCCGCCAAUCCGGCCCACAUACUGUCACUGAGCUAUGAUGGCACGUUACGCUGUGGGGAUUUUUCCAGGGCUAUUUUUGAAGAGGUGUAUAGAAAUGAAAGAAGUAGCUUUUCCUCCUUCGACUUCCUGGCAGAAGAUGCCUCCACUUUAAUAGUAGGACACUGGGAUGGAAAUAUGUCACUGGUGGAUAGACGGACACCUGGAACUUCUUAUGAGAAACUUACCAGUUCUUCUAUGGGAAAAAUAAGAACUGUUCAUGUCCACCCAGUGCAUAGACAGUAUUUUAUCACUGCCGGAUUGAGGGAUACUCAUAUUUAUGAUGCAAGGCAAUUGAAUUCCAGGAGAAGUCAGCCUUUGAUUUCUUUGACUGAACAUACAAAGAGCAUUGCUUCCGCCUAUUUUUCACCUCUUACUGGUAACAGAGUGGUGACCACAUGUGCCGAUUGUAAUCUGAGAAUUUUUGACAGCAGCUGUAUAUCUUCUAAGAUUCCGCUCCUCACCACCAUCAGGCACAACACUUUCACUGGGCGAUGGCUGACCAGGUUCCAAGCCAUGUGGGAUCCUAAACAAGAAGACUGUGUCAUAGUUGGCAGCAUGGCCCAUCCACGACGGGUAGAAAUCUUCCAUGAGACAGGAAAGAGGGUGCAUUCGUUUGGUGGAGAAUACCUUGUCUCUGUGUGUUCCAUCAAUGCCAUGCACCCAACUCGGUAUAUUUUGGCUGGAGGUAAUUCCAGCGGGAAGAUACAUGUUUUUAUGAAUGAAAAAAGCUGCUGAGUUUUUGGUUUAGGAACAUCAAUUUGUUCAAAUUGACCACUGUCUAAGGAGCCUAGUAAUCGGCGUGCCUUAGUGUGUUUAUGUGGUAAUGUGUUACAUUUAGCAAAUAUAACAUUGUUUUAUUAAUAAGACUAUAAGAAGAGUGUACUUUUAGUAAGGGAGAAGUCUUGGAGGGUUGCUUCUGCAGGACGGGGAGGGAAUUUGAGGGGAGGCUGAGGUGCCGUCAGGACUUUUUUUUUUUUUUUUUUUUUGAGAUGGAGUUUUGCUCUUGUUGCCCAGGCUGGAGUGCAAUAGCGCGAUCUUGGCUCACCGCAACCUCCGCCUCCCAGGUUCAAGCGAUUCUCCUGCCUCAGACUCCUAAGUAGCUGGGAUUACAGGCACCUGCCACCACGCCUGGCUUUUUUUUUUGUAUUUUUAGUAGAGAUGGGGUUUCAUCAUGUUGGCCAGGUUGGUCUCGAGCUCCUGACCUCAGGUGAUCUGCCCGCCUCGGCCUCCAAAAGUGCUGGAAUUACAGGCAUGAGCCACCAUGCCUGGCCAUCAGAACUUGUAAUCAAGACAGUAUGUUGAGAAAUUCUAACAUUAUAAAUUACAAAGCUUUGACUAUUAAAGUUUUUGUGAUCUAAUGA